GCCUGGCACGCGGGUUGUGUCCACAGACGGAGACGCUAUUUAACAGCACCAGUCUCAAGGAGUGCCUGCAAGUUCCCACCAGUUCAGAUGCCAUCCUACAAGAUUAUAGUAACCUAUGACACCGAUGAACCACUGGACCGAGACGAGCUGAUGGAGCGCUGGGACUGGAGGCUGCUCAGUUUCAACAGACGCGUUCCUCUCAAGGAUGAUCCACGUCGGGCCGAGGCCGAACAAACAGGAUUGCUAACCAGUCUCGAUAAAGUCAUCGAGUUGGGAAUGGAUUUCUGUCGCGAGAACAACAUACCCAUCAAUGCUAAUGGGAUAAUGCACGCUUUAGAGCGUAUGCUCUCCGACAUCGAGCGCGAUGGCGCUGAGAUUGAUGACGAUGGCCCGGAGGAAAGCCAAGGCGAGGCCGAGGCCAAGGACGAGGAGGAAAGCCAAAGCAAGGCCGAGGCCAGAAACGAGGAGCCUGAGGAGAGUUAG